CACGCGUCCCACCCACAGCCCACAGUCUGUUCUGUAUAAAUGAGACGUGCACAACUUCUACUUUCACGCACAAGAACAGUCCCGGGACUUUCACUUCCGUGGGGACUUUUUGUAUUUUUUUUUUGUUCCAGUUGUUUUUGCCUCUUUUUAACUUUCGCUUUUUUUUCUCCAACACUCCAACAGAGUGUGUGUGAGCUUCAGUCACUGCGGGAGGAAGAUCAGAAAGAGCGAACAUCGUCAGCCAUGGCCGCCAUCAGCAGCUCAAACACAGUUUUCGCCUUGGAGCUGCUCCGUACUCUGAGCCAAGCGGACCCCACUGGGAAUAUCUUCGUCUCUCCGCUGAGCAUCAGCUCAGCUCUGGCCAUGGUCUACCUGGGAGCUAGAGGAGACACUGCUGCUCAGAUGGCACAGGCCCUGUCAUUCAGCUCAGGUGAAGGAGUCCACGCAGACUUCCAGACCCUAAUCGCUGACAUCAACUCACCAUCUGCAUCCUACAUCCUGAAAACAGCCAACCGUCUUUAUGGAGAGAAUACGGCCAACUUCCUCACACAAUUCCUUGCAGCCACACAGAAGCACUACCAGGCCGACCUGAAGGCGGUCGACUUCAUCGGUUCUCCAGAGGCGUGCAGAGGGGAGAUCAACAGCUGGGUCGAGCAGCAGACAGAAAAUAAGAUUAAAGAUCUUCUGAAGCCGGGAACAGUCAGCACAAUGACACGACUGGCUCUGGUCAACGCUAUCUACUUCAAAGGAAACUGGAUGAAUCGCUUUGAUGAAGCAAACACCAAAGAGAUGCCCUUUAAAGUCAACCAGAAUGAAACCAAGCCGGUCAUGAUGAUGUACCAGAUGAAGAAGCUUCCCUACAACUACAUCCCAGACCACAGUGUGCAGAUCCUGGAGCUGCCGUACAUGGAGGAGGAGCUCAGCAUGUUCAUCCUGUUGCCUGAUGAGUCCGAAGACGGCUCCAACCCUCUGCUGAAGCUGGAGAAUGAGCUGACACAGGAGAGGCUGGAUGAAUGGACCAACAGGGAAAACAUGGACGUCCACUCAGAAGUCAUCAUUCACCUUCCAAAGUUCAAGCUGGAGGAAGACUACGAGCUGAACGAGCCUCUGGCUAAACUGGGCAUGACGGACGUGUUCUGCUCAGCGAAGGCCGACCUGUCUGGCAUGAACGGCAAAGGUGGACUCUUCCUGUCCACGGUGGCACACAAAGCAUUCGUGGAGGUGAACGAGGAGGGCACAGAGGCGGCUGCAGCCACGGCUGGCAUGGUAGCAUUCUGUAUGUUGAGGGAGGAACACUUCACAGCAGACCACCCCUUCCUCUUCUUCAUCAGACACAACACGACCAAGUCCAUCCUCUUCCUCGGCAGGUUCUCGUCUCCUCAGUAGACAGAACCAGCAGAGGAAGAUGUUGGGCCACUUCAAAUAAAAAAAACAUCCUUUACCUUAUCUUCUGUGAUGUUUUGCUAAUUAAACUGUAUUUUUAUCUGUUUUUGCGCUGGAAUUAUAGAUGUAGCUAUUAAUUAAUGACGAGGUUUGAUUAUUUGUGAAUCAAUUAAAUUUGGAAUGAGUCUAAGGGAUAGGCCACUUAUGUAAUAUUUUGCCUUUGUUAGUAAAAAAUAAAGUGAAUACAUUUUAAAAAUGGA